CAAUCCAUCAAAAUAGUAUACAUCUUAGCUAAAAACAAUCUUAAACAAUGGCAAAAGCUCCCAUGCUCACUUCCAAAACAUUCAAGGCAAUCAUCUAUCUUUUGUUGGUGGCUAUCACCUUCACUUGUGUCAAUUCAGCUAGGGUCCUUGAUGAGGUUGAACCGCAACCCCAAGUCGUCGACGACAAGCCGAGUGGCCAAGUGGUCCCUGCCGCCACUCCAAGUGGCCCAGAGGACGAUCCUCCGGUUCCCACCGUGGCUGCCCCAGCUAGUGAGGAUGAGGCACCAGUAGCUACCCCUGCAGCACCAGAAGCCCCUGCUGAUGAUGAUGAGGCACCAGUAGCCACUCCUGCAGCACCUGUUGCAGGUGGUGCCGCAACGGGACCAGGAGCGGCGGCUGCCACAGGGGCUAACCCGGGCUCGCACGAACCUGCAUUGUCCUUUUUCAUGCAUGACAUCUUAGGUGGAACACACCCAUCUGCCAGGGUAGUGACUGGUGUGAUUGCCAACCAAGAAAUCAAUGGCAUACCAUUCUCAAAAACCAACAACAACAUUUUCCCAGUGGAAGGAGCUGCUCCACUUCUGACAGGCAACAACAUUAACAACCUUAAAAACAUCAACAACCUUAUUAACCCCAACAAUGUCCCUUUCCUAACAGGUCUAACAGGUGCACAAACCAGUGCCGUCGUCCAAAACUCCCACAACAGCGACAGCGUUAUCAAUUCCGACAGCAACCCUUUCGUCACCGCAGGCCAACUCCCACCCGGCUCUCUCCAACGUCUCAUGUUCGGUACCAUAACCGUCAUCGACGAUCAACUAACCGAAGCCCACGAGUUAGGUUCAGCUAUCCUAGGGAAAGCACAAGGGUUCUAUUUGGCUAGCUCAGUAGAUGGUUCUAGCCAAACCAUUGCAUUGACAGUUUUAUUACAUGGAGGUGAACAUGGUCACGAAAUCGAAGACACCAUUAGUUUCUUCGGCGUUCAUAGGACCGUGUCACCUGAAUCGCAGAUCGCGUUGAUCGGUGGGACCGGGAAGUACGAGAACGCAAGAGGGUACGCCACGGUUGAGACACUUCUCAACCAGGAGAAUCAGCAUAUAACUGAUGGUGUGGAUACAAUCCUGCAUUUCAAUGUGUACCUCACUGAGUGAUAUUAGCAGCUUGGAGGCUGGUGGUCAUUAAUGGUGGUUCAUGUUUUCUACUAUUUUAUAUAUUGUGUGAUGGCUAAAAUUUAAGUGUGGAUUUCAUAUUGGGUUUGGUAUUGAAAUUUACUGGUGAAUAUGUGUUGAUGUAUAUUGGUUUAUGUUAUGUAAAAUCCAAUGUCACUUUUAAUUAGUGAUUGAUUAUAAA